GACUCUGAAUCAAAUGUAGCCGUUACCUUACACCAAACCUUUGCCUUUACUACUAAUAGAAAGCCCAGACCUUUUCAGUCCUCGCAGUUCACAGUCUCAUAGUCACAGUUCACAAUCUCUCUCUCCCCCUCUGUAUCAUCUGAUCUUCUUCAUCAUUAACAUUAUCGUUUCAUAAAAGCAGGCCCAGCUUGAGAUCAAGUCCCAUCAAUGGCUAAAGGAGCAGCAGCUGCUGUCCCUCUUUCUCUGCUCCUGAUUAUGCCCUUCGCUUUAGGAGGAAUUAUGGCCUCUGCUAAUAAGCAGAAAACUUGGUGCGUCGCAAAGCCGUCAUCUGACCAAGCGACACUGUUAGCAAACAUCAACUAUGCGUGCUCUCAGGUGGACUGCAAAGUUAUUCAGAAGGGCUGCCCGUGCUUCUAUCCCGACAAUCUCGUGAACCAUGCCUCCAUUGCCAUGAACCUCUACUACCAGUCCAAAGGAAGGAACCACUGGAACUGCGAUUUCAGGGGCUCAGGCCUUACUGUCAUGACUGAUCCUAGCUAUGGUAACUGCAUCUACUCAUAGCUGGCGGUCCUUAGUAUCGGUUAUUGCGAAGAUAAUGCUGUGCUGCCAGUCUUACCCGGAGGAGGACAAAGUUAACUCACCAUAUUGACCUGCACGUUCUGUACAAGCUUUAUAUUGUGUUCUGGGCACCACUAACUCCCGUAAUUGCAGUUUGCAGUAGUUCUGCUUUAUGUUGGUAGCUUAGAUGGACCUUGUACGUAGGGAGAAGUAGUUGACUUCCAUUCCAUCAUCACGAACAAGCAUACGUUCUCCCCUCCUUUAAGGAAUCGAUGAGUCGAGAAUUCCAACCUAAAGCAUAUUCUCAUAUUCUA